AUGUCGAGCGCCGUUUCCCAUGAAUCUGCAACUUUACGGUCACGCGCUGCGCCGGACCAGCCCGAGGGGAAGUCCGACGUCGCUCUCCCCUUUCCGCUAGAGAAGUUGGCACAGGAAUCGAGUGGUCGCUCUACCCCUGUCGCCGAAGAUGCGCCUCCGUCAGUCCAGUCGAUCGCGUCUGCGAGGAGGCAAGCCCGCGCGCGCAAUCGCCUGUUUUAUACCAUAGAUUAUGUGCCCCGUGUGUCGCAUUUCGACCCCGAAAGUGACUAUCAUAACUUUAGAGGGUUCUUUACUCUCUUUUGGAUUGGCCUGGCCAUCAUGGUCGGAACCAGCAUUUUGCGCAAUAUCAAGGACACCGGAUACCCCCUGCAGGUGCGCGUCUGGAGUCUCUUGACAGCCAAUGUGUGGGGAAUGGGACUCAGUGAUGCGGCGAUGGUGGUGAGCUCGGCACUCGUACUGCCUAUGCAUAAGCUUUGGCGAAGUGGUCCAAAGUGGCUGCGAUGGUCGCGCGGAGGUAUGAUAUUACAGAGCUUGGCUGAAGUCUUUUGGUUGGUUCUGUGGAUCAACUGGCCUUUCAUGAUGCAGUGGACCUGGACUGCGCAGGUGUUCUUCACUCUGCACACUCUAACCAUUCUGAUGAAACUGCACUCAUACGCUUUCUACAAUGGGCAUCUCAGUGAGACAGAGCUGCGUCUUGCCUCUCUUGACAAUCCAGGCCAAAAGGCGCCCGACGCUGCAGCCGCUGUGCAUUACCCCGAGAUCCAUCGACGUCGGCCGUCAAUCAAGAAGCGGGAUGAAGAUCAGCCCAUAGAGCCAUUGGAGAAAUUGCGCGAAGAUCUCGCUACGGAGUUGACUUCUCCGUUGGGCAACAUCUCGUAUCCGCAGAACCUUCACGUUGGCAACUACGUCGACUUCCUCUUUUGUCCGACUCUUUGCUAUGAGCUGGAAUAUCCGCGGCGGCAGGAACGACGUUGGUCAGAGAUAGGCUACAAGACUGCUGCCAUCUUUGGUUGCAUUUUUCUUCUCACCCUGACUAGCGAGGAAUUUAUCAUGCCAGUGUUGGAAGACGCCGGCGCCCAGCUCCGUGUUUUCUCUAAUCUCACAGACAAGGCUCUUGUCCUUGCCGAAACCAUCAGCAUGCUCCUCUUUCCCUUCAUGAUCAUUUUCUUGCUGGUGUUCCUCGUCAUCUUUGAGUACGUGCUGGGUGCGUUCGCGGAGAUGACCCGGUUUGCUGACCGCCACUUUUAUGCCGAUUGGUGGAAUUCAUGCGACUGGAUGGAGUUCUCUCGCGAGUGGAACGUCCCUGUUCACCACUUCCUCUUCCGCCACGUUUACUACCCAUCCCGAUCUAACUUCUCCCAGCCCGUGGCUAUGGUAAUUACAUUCUUGGUCAGCGCUGUCUUCCAUGAGCUGGUCAUGAGCUGCAUCACCAAAAAGCUUCGGGGAUACGGAUUCAUUGCUAUGAUGCUCCAGUUGCCGAUUGUUGCGAUUCAGAAGUCCCGCUUCUUCCGCGGCCGGACAACUCUCAAUAAUGCCUUCUUCUGGUUCUCAAUGAUCUUAGGUCUGUCUAUGAUGUGCGCACUCUACGUCCUGAUCUGA